AUGCUCCACCUGAGCGAGUUUUCGGGCCCCGACACGCUUCUGCUCAAGUCCGCCGACGAGGGCUGUUGCUCCGAACCCAGCGCCGAGGUUCCCCGGCUGCCCGGCAGGGACGCGGCCGCCGGCUACCCGGGAGGCGACUUCCUGAGCUGGGCUCUGAGCAGCUGCAGCGCCGGGGGGGAGUUAGCCGACGCCUGCCUCCUGGAGGGGCCUGCGCCCACACCCCCUCCCAGCCUCAGCUACAGCGGUAGCUUCUUCAUCCAGGCGGUGCCUGAGCACCCGCACGACCCCGAGUCCCUCUUCAAUCUCAUGUCGGGCAUCCUGGGCCUGGCGCCUUUCCCCGGCCCCGAGGCGGCAGCAUCCCGGUCUCCGCUGGACGCUUUCCCCUCGGUCCCCGACGCCUUCCUGGCCGGGCCGCCGGACCUGUACUCCCCGGAUGUGGGCGCCGCCGCCGCCUUCACGGAGGCGUUCUGGGAGGCCUCGCCCUCGGCCGGGGGCACCCCUUCGCAGUGCCUGUAUGAGCCUCAGCUCUCCCCGCCCGACGUCAAGCCGGGCCGCCGCCGGGCCCCUGCGACCUCUCCAGCGCUGGACACUGCCUCGGCCUUCAAAGGCCCCUAUGCGCCCUGGGAGCUGCUUUCAGCCGGGGCCCCGGGGAGCUGCGGGUCGCAGGGAGGCUACCAGGCGCCCCCCGAGGCCCGUUUCCCCACGAUGGCGACCAAGAUCGAGGACCUGCUGUCCAUCAGUUGCCCCGCGGAGCUGCCCAUCGACGCGGCCAACAGACCCUCCUACCCCACGGGGGCCUACGACGCCUUCCCGCUGGCCUUAGGCACCUUGGGGGAGGGGGCCGAGGGCCUCCCGGGGCUCCUGACCCCUCCCGGCGGGGAGGGAGGGAGUAGCGGCGAUGGCGGAGAAUUUCUGGCCGGUGCGCAGCCCCCGCUGUCCCCGCUGGGCCUCCGCAGCGCCGCGGCGGCGGACUUGCCGAAGCCCCUGGCGGGGGACAUCCCCGGGAGCAGCGGCGCGCCCGAGCCGCCCGGGCCGCCGGCCCCCUUCCCCCCGGCGAAGGCGCGGCGCAAGGGGCGCCGGGGCGGCAGGUGCAGCGCGCGCUGCUUCUGCCCGCGGCCGCACGCCAAGGCCUUCGCCUGCCCCGUGGAGAGCUGUGUGCGCAGCUUCGCGCGCUCCGACGAGCUCAACCGCCACCUGCGCAUCCACACGGGCCACAAGCCCUUCCAGUGCCGCAUCUGCCUCCGCAACUUCAGCCGCAGCGACCACCUCACCACGCACGUGCGCACCCACACGGGCGAGAAGCCCUUCGCCUGCGAUGUGUGCGGCCGCCGCUUCGCGCGCAGCGACGAGAAGAAGCGGCACAGCAAGGUGCACCUCAAGCAGAAGGCGCGCGCCGAGGAGCGGCUCAAGGGCCUCGGCUUCUACUCGCUGGGCCUCUCCUUCGCCGCCCUGUGA